UCUCUAUACAUAAACUUCAACAAAUUAAUUAACACAACAUAAUCGGCGGCCACAACACAUGUGUUUUCUGUAAAACGUACUACUACAUUGUUAUAUAUAUAUAUUUUGUUGAAACCAGUAGUAAAGAUAUUAUGGAAAUGGAUUCGAGUCAAGGAUCUAAUAAUCUGUCGUACUACAAUAUCCUCGGCGUGUCUAUGGAUUCCUCCGACGACCAAAUUCGGCGUGCUUACCGUAAACUUGCUAUGCAAUGGCAUCCUGAUAAAUGGACAAAGAAUCCGUCACAUUUAGGAAAAGCUAAACAUAAAUUUCAACAAAUUCAAGAAGCUUAUUCAGUGUUAUCGGAUAAAAAGAAGAGGUCAAUAUAUGAUGUUGGAUUGUAUGAUCCUCAAGAUGAGGUUGAUGAGGGCUUUGCUGAUUUUCUACAAGAGAUGUCAUCUUUAAUGGAAAAUGUAAAGAAAGAGGAGAAAAAGUAUAGCUUUGGGGAGAUUCAAGAUAUGUUUUGGGACAUGGCGCGGAGUUUUAAUUGUUCCGAUACUUUUGGUUUUGAUGACAAUGUUGGUUCGUAUGAAGAGCCACUUUGGUCACAAGGAAUGUUUGGUUGGGAUGAUUAUUCUAGAAGUUCAAAGAGAGCUCGAGCCAACACGUGUCCAUUGCCGCAGUUUCAUGAUCCAGGCAUGAGCAGGCGAGAGACAAAAUGUGUAUAGAUAAUUUGAAAAGUCGUUGCCGUAUGAACUUGCGACCUGUAGCUGAUGACAUUAUGACAACUGAAGGAAUGUCAUGUUGGUUUGCCAUUAAGCUUGAAAAUUGCUUAAUAAACGACAUGAAAAUUUUGCUUGAUGUGGUGAUGAGAUGACCCAAUCACCCAAAUGGUGAUUGUGAAUGGUUAUAAACGUGGGUUGUUUGUAAUUUGAUGGGGGUUAGUUUCUAGCUAAAAAUAGAAAGGGUUUUGGUUGCGUAGAUUGUAAUUUUGAUACUUUACCAUUUUAGGAAAUUUCUUUUUAUGGAAUAAGAUGUAUGUGGAUUCCGUGUUUCGCAUA